AGAGACCUUUUCCCAUGGUGCUGAUUAGUCAGGUCUCAGCAGAAUCCCAAACAUACCUCACCUACCUGGGGAGCUCACAAGUGAUAGAGGCAGGUGAACGAGUGAAGAGUUAAUUCACACUUUAAAGAGCAGCAAAGACCAUCUUGCCAUGAAACCAUUCACAGAUGAAGAUGUAGAAAUCUACAUCCAGAGCAAGGUGGAACGGCGACAUUACCUAGUUUCCAAAGCAGUGGAGGAGGUGCAGAAAGUUAUCCAGCAGCUGACUGCAGAAAUCAGCUACAAGGCUGUGCGAUUCCAGGCUAUCUCCAAUUCUGGCAUUCACAAUGAGAACAUUAAGGUCUUAGCACCCAGCCAUUUCCUCAUCACAGUUCCUCUGCGUGGCCUGACCGGUUACAGGGAAUCCCAGGUGCGGCACUGGCGCUAUUAUACUGUGAAUGGAGCCAAGCUCCUUUCCUCCGUGCGGGACCCUGAGGAAUUGCAUCAGUGGCUGGAGGUGGAGCAGUUUUCAAAAAGCCUUCAGCAGUGGCAUGAAGAGGAUGUGAACAUUGAAGGUGAUCUGGUUCCAGCCAAAGUCCUUGUUGUCUUCCGGGAGCUGGUGGAGAAGUCGAUUGUCUCCUGUAACCUUUCCAGUAAAGUGGCAGUUCUGGAGAGCUUCAGCUCAGUGGUCCGGGUGGCUGUGGAGACAUCAGAAUCCCAGGUAGAGGUAGAGCUGGUCCCUGCUGUGGAGAUUCCAACUUGCUGGCCUGAGAAAGCCCGGUGGCCUCGUUGCCUUAAGCGUUGGCCUUCUCAGGAAAAAGUGCAAUGCAUCAAGUCGCUGGGUUUUGACCUCCUGGCCCGCUCUAAUUAUCACUGGCAGCUGUGCUUCUCCCGUGCUGAGCACAUCCUCAUGGAGGGACUUGAUGAAGAUGGUGGUUGUCGCAUGAAGUGCUUCAGGGUCAUGAGGCAGAUGAAGGAAGAUGUCUGGUGUGCUGGAAAUAAGCCUGUCAUCACAGCUUAUCACCUUCAGACAGUGCUAUUCUGGACGUGUGAAAAAUACCCACGCACCAAAGAUUGGCGCUGCUUCCCUGAAGCUUUUCUGAGGCUGGUACAGAAGCUGCACAAGUGUGUAAGCCAGCACUUCCUCAAGCAUUACUUUCUCAAGAACACCAAUCUGCUCAAAUAUGCCAACACCAGUGACCUGGACCUGGUGGCCAGCAAGCUCGCAGACUUCUUGGAGAAACCUGUUUUCUGCCUGGACUAAGGCAGGCAAAGGUCUUGCCCCAACCCCGAGUUGAUCCCCCAGCUUCUCUCCCCACCUGUGGUUGCUGUCUGUGUCCUUCCAGUAGAUGUUGCAGCUGGCUGUGUGAGACAGUUGGCACAUAUAGUGCGAAAGAUAAGUGUCGAGCUGGCAGCAGUGGGCGGUGAAAACUGAUAGGAGGCAUCACUUGAUGCCCGGCUGAUCUAAUUUGCUUUCAACAGUGACAGGCUGCCUGGAAGCUACAGCUAGUGAAAUGCAACUUUGUGUCAGUCAGAGCAGGCAACUGCCUUGUUCUGUGUCUCCAGUCUUGUGGCACCUAAGCUGAAAGACAGCGCAAAGGAGUUUCACUCUGCUGCCUCUGUAACCUAGCACAUGUAUUGCUGCUGCAGUUGCCUUUCUCACAAGGAUGUUAUCCCUACAAUAUCCUCAAAAGUAUCUUCAGACCUCUCCCUGGCUUGGGAAGACAUGAAUCAAACUCACAUCAGCCCAUCUUGAGAACCUGCAUGAACCAGGUAAAACUUCAGCUGGAUUUAGCAGGAUUUUUAAGCCUUCUUCCAUGGGCAGUGAAGAUGUCCCCUACUGCUGCUGUACCUGAGAGCACUGGCAGCUGCAGGCAUUCCUGUCUAGAUACUUAGCUGUGGCUGCACUGGCCAUGGCUGCAGCAAAUGCUCUCCUCCUAGCUGCAGUGGCCAGAGAGAUCAUCCAGCCUGGCCAGAAGAAGCAUCACCACAUCAGCAGAGCCAUGGCCAAACAGAUGCUGGAGCGUGAGGUGUAUCUGCACCAGGAGUUGAUUAACUUGCUGCAGGAGAUUGAGAGGAACAAGAAUGCAGAGGAAACCUGGCUCUUUUCUGGAUGGCUGUUUUGGACUGCUGCAGUUGCCUUGGUCCUGCUUGCUGUCAUCUGCUGGCUGGCCAGGCGAAGAAGAAAGCGUCAGGUGUCUCCUCAAUCACUUAGAGUCUUCUGUCCUGAUCUCCCAGAAGACAUUGCUGAGAUUGAAAUUGGAUUAAGUGUUAAUGACCACAAUCGCACAAGGCGCAACAACUUGACCUUGGAUUUGCCCAAUUCUUAAGUCUGCCCAGGUUGUCUGGAUGGCAUCCCUUGCUUCCAUUGUGUCAAUUGCUUCAUUAGGGUUUCUUUGGUUCCAUAUAGUACUAAAAGAGUCAUAUUAAAAUUUGGGAAAGCAAGCACUGCUGUGUUGGUUUUGGCCCUGUAUUCAAAGCAGGACUUGUGUUGGUAACUUCUGCUGCAGUAGUUUUCCAUUGAGGCUGGGUAUUUUCCAGAAAGUGAGACAGAAAUGUUGACAGCUUCCAGGACCCCCCCUAGUCAUCAGCUGGUACAGCUGACUCAUCCUGUGCCUGCCUCUGUGCUCUUCCUGUCUCCCUACCCUUGCAUCUCCCUGCACAUGUGUACACUGCUAGCACUGCUGGUGCUCCAGGGUGGCUGUGACCACUUGUGUGGCUUGUGCCAUGCAAGAAGCAAGAGCCAACCUGUUCCAUCCCUCCUCCCAGCUAUAUCUCCAGAAACCUUGCCAGUCCCUCCUCUUCUAGGUUUCCACCUGACCUUUCUGCUUCUUGUAAUUUGGUCUAUCAGGGUCCUCUGCACUCUUCAAAGCCCACAGUUCCCCUGCACUUUGCAAACUCUUUUGGAAAGUCUCAACAUGCCCUUGCUGCAGCAUCCUCUCUCCCUGCACCACUACACCUGUGGGCACAGCACAGAAGCUCCUCAUGCAGAUGGCAGUUCUUCUGGUGUGUGGUGGCCAAAAUGUAGGGGUCUAAUUUUUAAGCAAGGCUCUGAGCAGGUAUUUCCAAACUAUGUCAUGCAGGGUCAGCUGCCCUUUCUCUGAGGGAGGGAUGUAAUGUUACUCCUAUUUUGAGCAGCCUUAGUUGCACAAUCUGCAUUUUUCUGAAAUUGAAGGAUUUUUGCCUUGAGUCUGCCUUUUCCAACUGCUAUGCAGCCCUCCCCUUUUGCCUGAACUCUUAACAUGCAUCUGUGCCCCCUAUCCUUGACCCCCAAUAGCCCAAGAGGCAGCUUCCUUGGUUCAUACUCAUCCUUUCUUAUCUUGGAGGAUGAAGGAGAGCUUCUCUUCCACCUUCAGCUUGGUGGCAUGCAGGUACUUGGUCAUUCUCAUAGUGAGCAGGCUUAUCUGAGGAUCUUUUCCAUGAGAGCAAUGCAAAGGCAAUGAGAAGCUGGGUUGUCCCCUAGGCGUUUUCUAAUAGCCUUUUCACUCCCCCCACUUCCCCUGUCCCUCCUCCUCUUCCCUGUCCAUUGUCUUGGCUCUCAGCCAGUGUAAUUCCAGCCAACUUGGGUGCACGGGACUUGGAUGCACGUGCUUGUCCUGUUUACCAGGAUAAAAAGGGCCAGUGGAGGGAGAUGCAAGCUGAGACGCAGGCAGGCGCUGGAAGGCAGGCACAGGGAGGGGCACACAAGCGUAACUGAGCAGAAAAACACAGAUGGAUGUGGAUGUGCAGGCAGCCCCAGGCAACCUGAGACUUUACUGAGAGCAAGAUACGCAGACAGAGGUGCAUGUGCACUGGCACAAGCCAAGGAGGAGAUGGAUAAGCAGACGAGCAGAUAACUACAAGGCAAGUAAUGAAGGACCAGGACAGGAGGAGUUGCAGAGGCCUGUGGUGAAGGGAAACAGCAGGAGCUUCUGUGCAGGGCACAGGAGAAGGGGUGAGCAGAUGGAUGAGUUUGGCCUGCUCUCUUCUCUCUCCUCUCUGACUGGAUCCAGAUCAUAGACAGCAGUUGCCUUCAGUGCUGGGACCCCACCUGGAGCAGUUGCCCUCAUUUAUAGAGUUUCCUGUCUCACAGACUUGUAGGGAAAAUUACAGUGAAGGAAGUUUCUUGAAUGUUGAAUGCACAAGGCCAAACCCAACAGCCCAGAAAUGUGGGCUCAUUAAUACUACCAUGCAUAAUGAACAGAGAAAGUAAAAUCCUUUCUUAGUCAAGAAAUUUUGAGACUGUUUCCUGGCUGGAAUAUGAGCUUGGCAGCUCCAGCCUCUUGCUAUAGACUUGACAUGAAUAAUCCUUUUUCUCUUGCCUCCUUGAUCUCCCUGACCUGUAUCCCCUCCCUCCACCAAGGAGAACAAAAAAGUCCCAGAUUCCAACAAGACUUGCAGUCUCCUUGCAGCAGGAGCUCCAGACCAUGUGAGAGGUGAAAGGGGGGCUGCCCAGAGGUGUCCUGCCCAGAGCCUGCCUCACCUCCUCCUUCCUCCUCUUGCUGCUCACUUGCUCUUGCUGCUUCUCUUGCUUCCCUGUGCAGAUGGGAAACAAAAUCCCUGUCACUCACUCUGAGCCACCAGUCUGUUGCAGGUCACUUCCUGAAGACAAUGGCUUUAUUCCUUGGACCACUGGAUGGCUUUUGGCAUGGGAGCUAAAUCAGUGAAUGGAAAUCUCCUCCCUGCAAGCUGCAGUGACAUCCUGCUAUUGUUGGCACCCCUUGGCAGGUUUGUUCAGCUGCUUUGUACCAGUUGACAUCUCCGGGCUUUCAUCAGUGCGUCAGCAUCACCCAUCACAUGGGCUUCCUGACCUAGUGCCCAAGGAAAGCCCUCUUCUCCUGUUUACAGUCAGGAUGCAAAAGUGAAGGAAGCUGAAAUGCUACUCAGGAAUCCACUCCAGGCUUUAAUCACCGCUGUCACUGCUAGAAGACGUGGGGAAUGUUGAAAAAUAAUAACCAUGCUGUGUAAUAGGAUGCAGAUGUUCCGGUUGUGAUCUGUGCAGACACUGUGACCUCUUGGCUACUGGAAGACAAGCCCUAAUCAAAACUGAAAAAAAAAAUUUCCUGCAGGCUUCCAAGAAAUCUGGAAGACCUCUGUGUGUGAUCAGUAAAUGUAUAAUGGCUCUGAACCCAACUUUGGUUAGGCUAGGACAGAUCUCUCUGUUGACAGCACAAGAGAGCAGUAUAGGGCACAUAGGGUUAUCUGUGUCUGGAGCUGGUUUGGAAAGGCCCUUGCCAGACAGGAAAAUUAAAAUGAUGAGUGUCUUGUAAGCUGUAGGCUAUUAAGGUACAUACACACAUGUAUGCAUACAAUAUGCAUGCACUCAUACCUCCCUGGGGAGGACUGUGAGCUGAUGAAGUCCUUUCCUUUCUGUUCCUGGCUGGCCUUGUUUGGCCCAUGCUGCUCUUUCCCACACAGGAAGUUGUGGACACCAUUGAAGCCUCAGAAUGAAAAUUGCAAGGCUCGGAACCUUUUUCUCUUUUUCAUGCUAGGGAAGCCUUUCCCCGGCUGAGACAGUUUUCUCAGUUCCAGCCUGAGCCUUUCCCAGGAUGAUAACAUUUGGGAAAAACAGAAAGGAAUUAAUAACAAGAUUAACACCUAGGCUUCACUGAAAAACAGUUCUCACGGUCUGUGAGAAAGUUUUGUUUUCUUCUAUUGUCCAAUGGGCUGCUGUCCUGUUUGUAGUUUGUGAACUACACUAUAAAUGUGGUUCGGUCAUUUAAUAAACCCCUUCUUUAGCCAUCAAGCUGGAGAAGUCUUUGUCGUUAUUAUACGCAACUCCUAGCGCGAUAGCGGCAGGAACUGGCUGUCUGGGAGUUGCCAGGGUAGUUUUGGGAAGAGCAGAGCAAGA